CCGGCGUGGCGGGGGGGCGCGGGGGUGCCGGGCGCGGGUCUCGCCCCCUUCCCCACCCCCAGCUCUGCGGCUCCGCGGCGGUCGUUGCCCUGGGGAGCGCGCAGCCGGCCGGCCCGACUCGCAGUCCCGAGCCAGGGGCCUGUGCCGGCCGGGCCGCAGACCCGCUCAGGGUCUCCCGCUCUCGGUGCGGCAUCUGCGGGCCGAGCGAUGGUGGUGGGCUCUCAGGUACUGGCCGAGGACUCCAGACUGUCGGGGCUCCCGGCCAUGCAGCAGCUGGCUCUGCUCCAGCUGGACCACCCCAGCCCCAGGGGGAGCUGCUGCCCUUUCUCUCCUCCACAGCUCGCCCAGCGACGGCUGACCACGCAUCCCUGACGCUGGCCGUCGCCAGCAGCCCCAGGAGGAGCUGUCUCCCGGCUCGGCCAGGCUGCCCCCUGGACUGUGCCGUCCAAGUUGGCGAGCCUGGGGCACUCGGAGGCCGCCCAGCAGCCCACCGCCCGGGGGCAUCUGCAGCCUGAAGUCAGAAUGCUCAAGGGGCAGCUCCCAAACACUGACGAAGACCCCGCCGCCCGCCCAGUGCUCCCUCGGGACGCCCCAGCGCCAGUCGGCAACGAGGACCCACGGGCCACGGGGAGACCCUUCAGUCCGAAGCCGCCGCCGCCGAGGCCCAGGCUGGAGCGAGCAUUGUCCCUGGAUGAGAAGGGCUGGAGGAAGAGGCGUUUUCGAACCAGCCGUGAGGACCUGGCCGCGAGGAAUGGGGCCAGCCCCUCCGGGGGCUCCCUGCAGGACGAGGCCCCCGGGACCGCCGCCCGCAGUGGCUCCCCGCCCUGCCUGAGCACCUCCCUGCAGGAGAUCCCCACAACCCGCAGGGCCCCGGGCAGCGGAGGCCCCUCCUCGCGGGGUAACUGUCUUUCCGGAACGAUCAGCACUUCCCUGGACCUCCUGCACCGGGAUGGGGCCUCGGCCGGGAGCGCCCCCCGGCUGGCCAGCCUGCUUCCCCCGCGCCCGCUGCCCGCCAUGGACUGGAACGUCGCCUCCGACGCCCUGCGGACAGCGAACAAGGUGGGCUGGGGCCACGCGGACUACCAGGUGCGGCGGCAGGCCGGGCUGUUCCGGGCCCACAGCAGCCUGGGCCCCGGCCGGCCCCCGAGCCCCCUGGCCCGUGACGACUGCUCCCUGCGCCCGGCCACGUCCACCUUCAGCCUCCUGGUGCCCAUUCGCACCAAGGACGUCCGCGGCAGGAGCUACCUGGAGGGGAGUCUCCUGGCGAGCGGGGCCCUGAUGGGGGCAGACGAGCUGGCCCGCUACUUCCCAGACCGGAACGUGGCCCUCUUCGUGGCCACGUGGAACAUGCAGGGACAGAAGGAGCUGCCCCCGAACCUGGACGAGCUCCUGCUGCCUGCCGAGGCUGACCUGGCUCAGGACCUGUACGUCGUCGGCGUCCAGGAGGGCUGCUCCGACAGGCGGGAGUGGGAGACGAGGUUGCAGGAGACGCUGGGCCCCCACUACGUCAUGCUGUACUCGGCGGCCCACGGGGCGCUCUACAUGUCCGUGCUCAUCCGCAGGGACCUCAUCUGGUUCUGCUCAGAGGUGGAGAGCUCCACGGUGACCACGCGCAUCGUGUCGCAGAUCAAAACCAAGGGGGCCCUGGGCGUCAGCUUCACCUUUUUCGGCACCUCCCUCCUCUUCAUCACGUCCCACUUCACCUCUGGAGACGGGAAGGUGGGCGAGCGGCUGGCGGACUACAGCAAGACCGUCCAGGGCCUGGCGCUGCCCAAGAACGUGCCGGCCACCAGCCCCUACCGCUCCGACGCCGCGGACGUCACCACCCGCUUCGACGGGGUCUUCUGGUUCGGAGACUUCAACUUCCGCCUGAGUGGCGGCCGGGCGGCCGUGGAAGCCAUCCUGAAGCAGGACCCGGGCGUCAGCGUGCAGGCCCUGCUGCAGCACGACCAGCUCACGCGGGAGAUGAAGAGAGGGUCCAUCUUCAAGGGCUUCCAGGAGCCGGACAUCCACUUCCUGCCGUCGUACAAGUUCGACGUCGGGAAGGACUCGUAUGAUACCACCUCCAAGCAGAGGACCCCUUCGUACACGGUGAGCCGCCCGCAGGGCUGGGGGAGCGUGGGGGCCGGGCCUCCCGGGGGGGCUUCGACACGGGGACUCGUUCAAGGGCAGCCGACGCGAGAGGCCAGCCGGUCCAGCCCGGCAGCCAGACGGCCCCUGGGACCCUUCCCGCAGGACCGCGUCAUGUACAGGAGCCGCCACAGGGACGACAUCUGUCCCGUCAAGUACUCCUCCUGCCCCGGGAUCAGGACGUCCGACCACCGCCCCGUGUACGGCCUGUUCCGGGUCAGAGUGAGGCCGGGGAGAGACAACAUCCCGCUAGCCGCCGGCAAGUUUGACCGAGAACUGUACCUGAUAGGCAUUAAGAGACGGAUUUCCAGAGAGAUCCAGAGACAGCAGGCGCUGAAGAGCCAGCACUCCAGCGCCAUCUGUACCGUCUCUUGAGGAAAUUUGCCGAAGGGGGACUGGUCACCUGCAACCCGGGAGGGUAUCUGACCUAGGAACCCGGGAAGGCGGAGGAGGCUGCCAUCCGGGGCGCUGAUGAACCGCCGCCGGGGGCCGCCCCCUCCUCCGCGAGAGCCCCACGGGAGGCCCCAGGUCCGGCGCCCGCUGCUGGGACAGAACCGCACGCCCCCACGGCGCUUCCCUCUCUCAGGGCGGCCUCCCGCCACCGCGGCCGCCGUCGGUAGGAGAUGCCCGGCUGGCUGCGAGCAGCUCGCGUGCCCUGAAGCCAGUGGCAGAGCCCGCGUGCGGGCCAGGCACCCUGACCUCCGGAUCUGCAGCCUCCCGGCAGCCCCUCGAACCCAGACCAAGAGCUGCCCUUCCUCGAGUGCCAGGCGCGCCGCCGGGGGUCCGGCGACCCUGGGCCUCUGUUCCCACGGCACACGCUAGGACCGAGCCGAGGCUGGGAUGAGGCCGGCCCGGCCGGCGGUUCAGGCCCACGAGACCGCCUCCCUCUCCUCUCCCGGUCCAUUUGGGUCCAUUUGCUUAGGUAACUUAAGUUAGCUACGAGCAGCAUUAACGUUAAGUGGUGCGUUUCCUGGUCUGAGAAGCCGCUGGAAGCUUGGAAUGUCACACCUCGCCAGCCUAGGCCGGCCCCCACCAGCCUGGACGUCUUGUUUUCUUAAAGGGUUUAGAGUCCGUUACUGCUUCGUGUCUUAAUCCAUCUCGUAAAAAAAAAUAUUUAGGCUUUGAAUGUGGGAAAAUCUAGGGGCGUUCAACCUAGUCUUUUAUUUAUUUUUCCAUAUUUAUAUUUUUAAAUAAACGCAUCUAUUGAAUCUUAAACUCUUCCUGGCCAAAAGAACCAGUCAGUUGCAGUGCUCCUGUAAGAAGAGGCUGUCACACUCCAAAGCAGGAAGCUUGGUCUCUCCUGGCCCCUGUGCUGUUUGCUCCUAUGCCCCCCCCCAUUGCCCCCAGGUAAGUGUCCGCUGAGAAAGGGCUUUUAGGGAACAGUGAACACUUCAGACCUGAGUGAAUCGUGAUGAUCAAUGAUGUAAAGCCAGCUCCCACGAAUACUGUUAUCAAAUUUUUAUUCGCCUCCGUUUCCAAAAUAUGGCGUGUAAAUUCUAAAGCAAUACACACGCAAUCUUUUGAUACAAAUGGGAGAAAUUCCAUUAAUGAGAAGGCACGGCUGAUCCCAUCUGAUUUCAAGAAACUCUUCAGGUUGUAUGUAUAAAACUUUGCUCGAAGAAUGUGCCAUUGAGCUUUGAAUCAAUUAACAGAAAAUCUCUUUUGUUACAAAGGUUUUGUGGUAAUGGGGCUCGAAAUGAGUAGGGUUUUAUGGAUUCUUUCUAGGCAUUUUCUCCGACCCAAAUCAUGGAGAAAAGAGUUAACGCGACACUGACGUGUACUAGUUUGGCUUGACAUCGAGCUUCGUG